GGACAGAUGGCUUAUAUUUAAGUGACCUUAUUUAGGAAGGCUUGUGAUUCUGGCGCCAUCACAUUUGAAAGAAAAAACUAGGGCUGGAUUUGAUGGGAAUUAAGAGUUUAACGAAGCUGCUAACUGAAAAUGCACCAAAGUGUAUGCAGAAGGGAAAUCUACGCAGUUAUGUUGGUCGUCCGAUUGCUAUUGAUGCUUCUUGUAGUAUUUACCAGUUUCUUACGGUAGUCGGAAGAAAUGGGACUGAAGUGCUUACAAACCAAGCAGGUGAACCAACGAGUCAUUUGUACGGGUUGUUUUAUCGUACGGUUGGGCUACUGGAUGCUGGAUUGAAGCCUGUGUACGUUUUUGAUGGGAAACCACCGGACUUAAAGAGGCAGGAGAUGGCAAAACGGUUCUUAAAGAGGGAAGAUGCUGGCAAGGGUUUAGCAGCAGCAAUAGAGAUUGGAGAUAAGGAAGUCAUUCAGAAGUUCAGUAAACGAACUGUGAUGGUGACCAAGCAACACAAUGACGACUGCAAAAAGCUUCUUGGACUCAUGGGAAUACCUUUAGUUCAGGCUUCUUCUGAAGCUGAGCCAGAGUGUGCAGCACUAUGCAAAAGUGGAAAGGUUUAUGCUGUGUCUUCUGAAGACAUGGAUACCUUAACUUUCGGUGCUCCUAGAUUUCUGCGCCAUUUGAUGGGUCCAAGCUCAAAAGUUCCAGUUGUGGAAUUUCACUUGGAGAAGAUUCAGGUUCUCAUUCAUUAUGGUAAAAGCUAUAACCUUAAGAUCUUGUUCCAAGGUAUCGGCGCACAGACAGCCUUAAAGCUCAUUCGACAGCAUGGUUCUAUGGAAUGUAUAUUGGAGAACAUAAAUAGAGAAAGGUAUCAAGUACCUGAAAAUUGGCCUUAUCACGAAGUUCACCAUCUUUUUAAAGAACCUUUAGUCUCUGUUGAUGAUCAGAAACCUGAUUUCACGUGGACUGGUCCAGAUGCGAAGGGGCUCAUUAAAUUUCUGGUGGAGGAAAAUGGGUUCAGUGAUCAUCGGGUCACAAAGGCUAUACAAAAAAUUGAAGCGGCUCAGAAAAAGUCACUCACCAAACAAGUGGUGAGCACGUCAGUUCUCAAAAGGUUAGAUAAUUACUUUGAGUGGUGAAAAGCAAAGAGAGAUGCAGGUGAGUGCAUGUGGCAUGUGUGUUGCAUUUUUAAAGGAUUUGGACUUGGGAAUGGGUAUACUCUGGAGUUCUCCUGUGGGAACAGUGAAGGGGGCUCGUGCAGAUUAUGGACAGACUCCUGAAGCAGUUGUAGCUGAAGCUUCAGCUCUUUUUCUGACUAUAUAUGAGGCACUAGAUAUGAAUCUGUCUAAGAUUCUCCUUGUACUGUGUGGAAGUAGUAAAGUAUGUUUAUAUAAGUAGUGUCAGCUGUAGAUGUCAAGAUAGUUUGUCGGAUUGUAUAUCUGAGCUUAAUUAGGGUGUAAUUUUCAAUUAGUUUGGGUAGGUCAUGUCAAAAAAUUCGCCGCUAGAACUCAUAAAGUUACGUCGGCUUAGAGUUCCCACCCUCUUUUCUGGUUUCUGCUGUAAGGGAGGAAUUCUUGGUUCCGCUGUAUAAAAGUCCUUUCAAGUUUAAUGCAUUCCUUUUC